ACUAAACAAUUUCUUUAUCAACUAAAAUGGCUUGGUUUCUUAGCUUUCUCUUUCUCUUUUUCAUCUCUUCUGCCCAUGCUUGUGAUCGUUGUGUUUUCCAAUCUAAAGCUAGUCAUCUCUAUGAAUCCCCUACUACAUAUGGAGGAGCAUGUGGCUAUGGGAACUUGGCAUUGCAGUUCUCUAAUGGCUUCUUUGCAGCUGCUGUGCCUUCUCUUUAUAAACAAGGAGCUGGUUGUGGGGCUUGCUAUCAAGUAAGGUGCAAAAAUAGAAGGCUUUGCAAUACAGUAGGAACAAAGGUGGUCUUGACAGAUCAAAAUAAUGACAAUGUAACAGAUCUUGUUCUUAGUCAAAAGGCUUUCUUUACAAUGGCUCUCAGUGGUAAAGGUUCAGAUCUUUUGAAUCUUGGAGUGGUGGAUGUUGAAUAUAAGAGGGUGCCAUGUGAAUAUCCAAAUUAUAGGAAUUUGUUGGUGAGAGUGGAAGAAUCAAGCUACAACCCAUUCAAAUUGGCAAUAAAAUUUUUGUACCAAGGUGGGCAAACAGAGAUGGUUGCUGUCGAUAUAGCUCAGGUUGGGACAUCAGAUUGGAGCCAUAUGAAGAGAAGUUACGGAGCUGUUUGGGAAACAGACAAUGUACCUGAAGGUGCAUUGCAGUUGAGGAUGGUUGUGACUUCUGGAUAUGAUGGAAAAUGGGUUUGGGCAAAGUCUGUACUUCCUGCUAACUGGAGAGCUGGGGCGAUUUACGAUACUGGAGUUCAAAUCAAGGACAUUGCUAAAGAGAGUUGUCCUCCAUGGCAAUGUGGUGACAAUCCAUGGAAAUGAUAAACAGUACUGAUUAAGUAAUUUUUACAUUUAUAUGUGUGUAUGUUUGUAUAAUAAUACUGACGACGAGAGAAAUCAUGACUCGUCUGUUUCGUAAUAAAAGAAUUCAAUAGAAUUCGCUCUUUUUAUUAAAUAAAUAAUAAAAUAUUUUAAGUU